GGAUAAAAUAUUACGAUAGAAAUAUAUCAGUUUAGGGAGAAUAUCGAUGGGAUAAAUAUUUGAUACAUCCCUAAUUGAAAAUAAAUAAUAUUCAACAAGUAAAUUGCUACUUCAACUUUUUGUUUGAAUCCCAUCUUUGUUGAUGAGAAACUGACCAAGCCCAUAAACAGCCAAGCUGGCUAUCAUAUAGUCGGUUCAGUAAAUAAAAGCAUACUGCACCGGCUUCCAAGUAUAUAUUUUAAUUGUUUAGCCUGGAGGUCGGAUGCACAAAUGAGUUGCUUUAGUGCGAUGAACGCCCCGCUGCUGGGUGAGAUGGAGCAGACCAUAGGAAUGCUGGAACGGGGAACUAUUGUGACCAAGUUGUACGGAAAGCAAAGGAGACCUGACCGCCGCCGCCUGAUGCUUAUUCGUGAGACGCAGCAAUUACUAUGGGCAACAGUGGCCGCGCAUUCACCCCGCUCCGACUACGAGGGCGCUAUCCAGCUGCGUGAAAUCCGUGAGAUCCGCGUUGGCAAGCACUCAAAGGAAUUCCGCCUAUUUGCUGAAGAGUGCCAACGCUUUGAGAGCAGCAAGUGCUUUGUAGUUCUGCACGGAACCAACUUUAAGCUUAAAAGUUUUUCUGUAGUAGCGUUGUCGAAGAUUGAGGCCGAGAACUGGGUACGUGGUCUUCGCUACAUGGUACGUGACACGUUGGCCGCACCGUAUCCCAUGCAGAUCGACCGGUGGCUGCGACGUGAGUACUACCAGAUCGAAAAUGUCAACUCUCAGUCGACAAAAUCAUCGGAUCAGGGUCCCACCCAGGUUACCAUUAAGGACUUUAAACUGUUUUUGGCCAGCGUUAGUUGCAAAAUGAGCACCAGCAAGUUUAUGGAAUGCUUUAGCGAAGAUGUUCGGCGCAAGCAUGACUUAAAAUUUGAUGAUUUCUCUCGUCUUUAUCAAAAGCUCCUGCAGCCCAAUAACUUUGUGAACACUUUGUGCAACAGUAAUGGUGUAUUUCCGUACUCGCAGGACCAACAGACAGUGCGACAAUUACAGUUAAAACAAUUCCUAGAGAUAGAGCAGCGCGAACUUAAUUCUAGCGAUUUGAGUGCCGCAUCAAUUGCUUCUUUUAUACGCGACCUAGUUCAAGAUGUAGAACGGGACGUACAGGAACCACAUCUUACAGUCGCAGAGUUUGUGGAUUUUCUCUUUUCAAAACAAAAUGAUAUAUGGGACAAAAAGUUCAACAAUGUUUUUAUGGACAUGACACUUCCGCUAUCUAACUACUGGAUAGCUUCCUCCCAUAACACCUACCUAACCGGCGACCAGUUCUCCAGUGAGUCUUCUUGCGAAGCAUACGCCCGGGCGCUACGUAUGGGUUGUCGUUGCAUUGAGCUGGAUUGCUGGAACGGUCCGGACAAUCUUCCCUAUAUUUUCCAUGGCCACACAAUGACCUCAAAAAUAAAGUUUAUGGACGUAAUUAAAACUAUUAAGGACCACGCCUUUACUACCUCCGAGUAUCCGGUGAUCCUUUCCAUUGAACAGAAUUGUUCUCUAGAGCAGCAACGCAAUAUGGCACAGGCGCUUAUCGAGGUCUUUGGAGACAUGUUGCUUACCCAACCAUGUGAUCGGAACGAGCAGCACUUGCCUUCGCCGUUUCAAUUGCGACACAAAAUAAUACUGAAGCACAAGAAACUGCCGCAGUUUGACGACAUUGGAAAUGGUAUUGGUGUUACGGGGACGUUAACACAAAGAUCUUCCCUUGCCGCCGGUGGUGGUGGAGCUGGCGAGAUUGAUGGCGAAAAUGUGCGGAAAGUGUUUAAGGAAGGCGUACUUUACUUUAGGGACCCGGUUGACAAGUCGUGGAAUCUUUACCAGUUCGUGCUAACUCAUCAGGAGCUUAUUUAUUCCUCUGAAAUCAAUGAAUCGCGCAAUGGAAACUCAGAGGAUGACGAUUUUGGCGUAUCACUUUCCGGCACCUUAAAAAAUAGUAUACAGCAGAAGCAAAAGGACACGUCAGUGAAUGAUGAACUACACUUUGGAGAAAAUUGGUUUCACGGAAAGCUGGAAGGUGGAAGGAAAGAAGCUGAUGACCUUUUAAAAAAGUAUAAGCACCUUGGUGACGGAACAUUUUUAGUGCGCGAGUCUGCUACAUUUGUCGGGGAUUAUAGUUUAUCGUUUUGGCGUCGAAAUAGGCCCAACCACUGCCGCAUAAAGCUAAAGCACGAAAAUGGAACUAUCAAGUAUUACUUGGUGGAAAAUUUCGUAUUUGAUUCGUUAUAUUCGCUGAUUGUGUACUACCGAAAAAACAUGCUGCGCAGCUCGGAAUUUUCAAUCAUUCUAAAGGAACCGGUACCACAGCCAAAAAAACACGAGGACCAGGAGUGGUUCCACCCUAACACAACUAAAGAGCAGGCCGAACAAGCACUGUGCCGGUUAGAGAUGGGCUCAUUUCUGGUGCGACCUUCGGUGCAAAGCGCGAAUGCAUUCGUGAUCUCGUUCACGAUCAAUCGAAAAAUUAAACACUGCCGCAUUUUACAGGAAGGGCGUUUAUAUGGCAUUGACACGAUGAAUUUUGAAUCGCUGGUGUCGCUUGUUCACUAUUACACACGGAAUCCGCUUUACCGUAAUGUAAAACUAAGUCAUCCCGUAUCUCAGGAAAAUUUGGUCCAAGUACUGACGGAGGGCGCCCAGUGUGCUCUUGUGGCCACCGGCGACGGCAAUGUAGCUUCUAAUUACAUGGGCCCCAACCUAGACGAGUAUGUCACCUGUAAAGCUUUGUAUAGCUACAAGGCAAGCAAACCAGACGAACUAUCCUUUCCGAAGCACGCGAUUAUAACGAACGUACAGCGAGACAAUUCCAUGUGGUGGAUCGGAGACUACGGCGGUAUGAUAAAGAAACAUUUACCUGCGAACUAUGUCAAGGUUAUUGACUGUGCCACGGAAGACUACAACUCUAUGAAUGAGGAAGGCACCGAUGGUCGCACGGACUCUAUCGAGAUCUUUGGAGCUGUAGCCUCACUUUUCGAAUCAAAUGAGCCAGGUAUCAUCUUUAAACUGCAGAUACAAACACCGACUAUGCAGAACCCGUUUGUGAUAGGUUUUGACAACCAGGAGAUAGCCUAUGAAUGGAUAAAGGCUAUCCAAGAAGCGGCUCUUGUCGCCAGCCAACUGGCUACAGAGAGACGCAAAAAAGAACGCACAGCCCGGGUGGCCAAAGAGAUGUCCGACCUUAUCAUAUAUUUCCGUAGUGUCCCGUUCCGGGAACACUCAUGGAUAUUCCAAGAGAUGUCCAGCUUCCCAGAAACAAAAGCAGAGAAACAGUUCUUUCAAAAUAACCCCCAGCUUUUUCUUACCUAUCACCGUCAACAGAUUAGUCGAGUGUAUCCGAAAGGCCAACGUUUGGAUUCAUCCAAUUUCAAUCCCAUGCCAUUUUGGAACGUUGGCUCGCAAAUGAUCGCGCUGAACUACCAAACUGGUGAUAAAGCCAUGCAAUUAAAUCAGGCUAAAUUCCGUAACAACGGUCAAUGCGGUUAUAUUCUGAAGCCAUCGUUCAUGCAAUCUGACUCUUUUAAUCCGAACAAUCCUCAGUGCAACGGACUCAAUGAGAUCAAAGUUUGCCUUCGACUAAUUGCGGCACGCCACCUAUUUCGAGGAGGCAGGUCCAACAACCCACAAAUCGUAGUCGAGGUAGUGGGCGCAAGUUUCGAUUCAGGCGUUAAGUACCGAACUAAAGUUAAUGAAAACGGCUUUAACCCCGUGUGGAACGAAACCUGCGAAUUUAGCGUGCGCAACCCACACUUCGCCAUCCUUCGGUUCGAGGUGCAGGAUGAAGACAUGUUUGCCGAAACCCACUUCAUUGCGCAGGCAUGCUAUCCUCUUACAUGUUUGCGCCAAGGAUAUCGCAGUGUGGUUCUGCGUAACAAGUUCAGCGAGGAACUAGAGCUGUCUUCUCUAUUGGUCCAUAUAACCAUUGAAAGUGUCUCUUCCACCUAGUUAUUGGACAAGGUCGCUAAAAGUUCACUAAUUCGCUAAAUGUAUUUUUUAUACUUUUGCUUUUUUUAUCAAAAAGUUUCCAAUUCCCAUUUGUAGAAAAAUAUCAGGGACCGAAACUUAUAUUUUAAUCUUUAAGUAAUAUCAAAAGGACUAGUUAUUCCAUAACACAUAUUUAUGAAUGUUAGCAAUAAGGCAACUCCACGUUAUUCCCAAAAGUGCCAAUCAAUCAUUGUUUGGAUCACCAUUUUGUUUGUAUUCAUACUCAUAGAUUGGCUUACAAUUUUGACUGAAAAUAGUCAACGGGUCUAUUAUUAUUGCAUCUGAAUAUUGCAUAUUUGAAAAAAAAUGUAAGGUCAAUGAAUAUAUGUUGUUACACAUAUUUAAUCUAUUAAUAUUAACUAAAAAAAGAAGGAAAAGCUAACUUCUGGCGGAGCCGAAGUCGAUAUACCCUUGCAGUUAAGGUUGUCCCAUUUCCGAACGUUCAGUUAUAUGGCGGCUACCGGAUAUAAUCGGCCGAUCCUGAUAAAAUUUGGCAGAACAAGUAAGAUUGCCCAAACUGGAAUCCGUAGAAGUCCCAUCAUUCUAGCUUAAAAAACACCAAAGUUAUGCCAAUUCCGAUCGUUCUAUGAAAGAAAGGAUAUAGUCGGCCGAUCCUUAUGAAAUUGUAGAUAAAAUAAGUUGGCCAAAUAUAACAGGUGUAGAAAGUCCCAACCAUCUAACUUAAAAACAACAAAGUUAUGGCAUUUCCGAUCAAUCAGUUAUAUGGCAGCUAUAGGAUAUAGUCGAUCCCGGCCGUUUCAACUUAUAUAUUGCUUGCAAACAAGGAUGUGUGCAAAGUUUCAACUCGAUAGCUUUAAAACUGAGAGACUAGUUUGCGUAGAAAUUGACAGACAGACAGACGGACAUUCUCAUAUGGACUCAGGAGGUGAUUCUGAUAAAGAAUAUAUAUACUUUAUAGGGUCGGAGAUGUCUCCUUCACUGCGUUGCACACUUUUGACCAAAAUUAUAAUACCCUCUGCAAGGGUAUAAAAAGUGACAGUGAUUAAAAUUUUAUAUAAUAAAAACUAUUCAAUAUUUUUAAAUGGAACAAAAAUAAUUAUUUAAUAAUACUAAUUAUUAUUAUUUAUUUUAUAAUUAUAAUUAUUAAGAACAAUUAAUACAUAACAUUUAAAAAUUGAAUGCAGAAAAAUCUUCCAUAGUGUUUCGCAGAAAUCGGUGUUUGAACUGAUUUUAAAAAAAGCAACUUCUGUCUUUGCCGCGUGCGAAUUCUAUAGUUAUGUAUGUGUGAAUACAAAAAAAGUUUCCCAAAAUUAAUUCUUGCGCCAAUUAUAGUUAUUAUUUAUCAAAUAAAAAAAAAUAUCAAAUUUGACCGUAGAUAACUGCCCACAUAAAUGGGAAAAGUGAAAACAAUUAUUGCAAAUGUAACUGUUAUUCGCACGGCAAUAUAUAAAUUAAGAUUUGUAAUAUUUAUAUUUCUUAGGUGAUAAUUUUAAAUACUUUGUUAUAUCAUUCAAAAGAUACAUAUACGCAUAUUUCCAGAAAAUGCCUUAAAUAUUUUGUUAUAUGUGAUAACAAAUAUUAAACAUUAUUUUAAUAUGUUAUAAAUAUUUAUUCAAUUUUGUAUCAAUAAUACAUUAUUUUAUUAUUAUUUCCUCUCGAUGGGGAAUGUAUAUAAGUACAUAUGUAAGUACAUGUUAUUACAAUGUAUUGCAAGCCGCUAAAGAAUGCAUCAAUAAAAGCUCCAUGUAUUUUGAAACGAAAA